AAGCUCAAAGAAGGAAGGUCUAACUACAGAGUGCAGCCGUUCCAGGAAUUAGUUCAGUUCACAACCUGUGCCUCUACCUCAAGCUCUCAUGUCCAUUCCUAUUCCAACAAGAGGGCAAAGUGCAGAACUCCAGAGGGAGGUGAAAGAGGGCUUCUGUGUUCCAGAGGAGAGCUGUGCUUGUGAGUGGCAGUCAUUUGGAGGUAUACAGUGGGUCGUGAGGACUCCCCCAGUGGUCUUCACAAUUUUCCCCUCAGCAUCUCUUCAUGAAAUGUGCCUUCUGACUAGUUUCACUUUUCUCACACGGCAGAAGGCGCUUCAGUGGUCCAAGCGACAAGAUGCUCCCUCUAGCAUCUAGUAUGCUAACAAAUUUAUCUCGACAUUGAAGAGGCUGGGCGAUUUUAGUAUGGCCUUGUACUCAAUUCUAAAGAGACACCCACAAACUCCCACUUGCCACUGCAGCGCGGAGUUGAAGCUUGGAGACCAGCAGGUCUAGCAUUGAACCAUAUGGAAGUUUCUGAGACUGGGGAGCCUGAUGAUGGGGGGUGGGGCCCGUGAGGGGUAGAUGGAGCAAUAGAGCGUAUCCCCAGGCUAACCCUGGCCCCUCCCUGUCCUCUGGACUAAAAUGGGGAACACACUGGGCCUGGCACCGAUGGGGACUAUACCCCGCCGGAGCCCCCGUCGAGAGGAACCUCUGCCCAACCCUGGGAGCUUUGAUGAGAUGCACCGGUUAUGCAAAGAUGUAUUCCCAGCACAGAUGGAGGGAGUGAAGCUCGUUGUCAACAAGGUUCUGAGCAGCCAUUUCCAGGUGGCUCACACUGUGCACAUGAGUGCCCUGGGCUUGCCAGGCUAUCACCUCCAUGCAGCCUAUGCAGGGGACAGGCAGCUUAGCCCCACUGAGGUGUUCCCCACUGUGGUAGGGGAUAUGGAUAGCAGUGGCAGUCUCAACGCCCAAGUCUUGCUUCUGUUGGCAGAGAGGCUCCGAGCUAAGGCUGUCUUCCAGACACAGCAGGCCAAGUUCCUGACAUGGCAGUUUGAUGGGGAGUAUCGGGGUGAUGACUACACAGCUACUCUGACCCUGGGAAAUCCUGACCUGAUUGGGGAAUCAGUGAUCAUGGUUGCUCAUUUCCUGCAGAGCCUCACUCAUCGGCUAGUGCUGGGAGGAGAGCUAGUUUAUCAUCGGCGGCCAGGAGAAGAGGGGGCCAUCUUGACUCUGGCUGGGAAGUACUCGGCUGUACACUGGGUAGCUACGUUAAAUGUGGGAUCAGGUGGGGCCCAUGCAAGUUAUUACCACAGGGCAAAUGAACAGGUUCAGGUUGGAGUGGAGUUUGAAGCAAAUACAAGGCUACAAGACACAACCUUCUCCUUUGGUUACCAUCUGACUCUGCCCCAGGCCAAUAUGGUGUUUAGAGGCUUGGUGGAUAGUAACUGGUGUGUAGGUGCUGUGCUGGAGAAGAAGAUGCCUCCUCUGCCAGUCACCCUAGCCCUUGGAGCCUUCCUUAAUCACUGGCGCAACAGAUUCCAUUGUGGCUUCAGCAUUACUGUGGGCUGAGGUGGUCCUGGAACCAGCCUCCACAGCAGUUGGAACCUCUGAGUCAGGUGCCCUAGGGCCAGAGACUAACUAGGCCCUUCUCCAGAGCCUACCUUGCUGGAUGACCUUGAGGUCCCAUGAGCAGAGUGGGGGACAGGAACCAUGCCCUCCUCAGAACUGGAGCUGCCACAUGGUCAACUGAUGAAGCAGUGGUUUGAGGUUCCCAAUUCUGCCAUCAGCCCCACCAUCAUUUUCCAAAUGCUCUGUGGCUCUGGACUAAAGGAGAAGGAAUAAGGGAUAUGUCUAGCUAACCCCCCUCCCCAAAACACACAUUUUCUUCUUUGUUUUCUGUUUAAUUAAACUCUUAGAACCUUCCUCUUCAGAGCAGAAAAAUCUGCAUGGGAUUAAUUCCCCAUCCCACUUCCCCCGUCUAAUUUUUCCAUCCCAGAGCCUCCCAAGGCUGGGAAAGUAGGGCUAAAGAGCUAAAUCUUUGGCUUAGAAAGACCAAAGAAUGAGCCCACCCACUCCCCAGAAGGAACUUUAGCUCUUAUCCCCGAGGCUUCCUCCUUCCCCAUCUUUUCUGUUUCCAGAGAAUAACUUUGGCCCCAUGGCCACACUCCUCCACAUCCCCACCCUUUCUCCUCGCCCCUGCUGCUGGUGACCGCAUGAAAAGGCAGUUAUUGUUUAGUGUUUCAGUGCAAUCACUGAGCUCCCUUUCUACUGGGCCCAGUCCCUGGUCCCAGCAAUUUUUCCUUUCUGGUCCAGUGUAUCCUAGGUGGUCUAGGAAAGGAGACAAGCCAGGGUCUCAGCUGCAGAUCUCUUUAAGCAGUGGCAUCAGAGCAGAUAGUCCUUGGACAUACUGGAUUUGGUCUGCGUACGCAUUGUUAAUACUCCGGAGCUCAGCCAAUAGGCUCAUCAGCUUUGCAUACAGAAACCUUUGGAGGAAGAAGUAGGAUUACCAGGGAAAGAAGAAGAAAAUAAGGCAGCUGGGAGUCUUGUCCUAACGUCCUGAUCCACAGAACUGUCUCUUGAGUGAAGCUAAGUCUGCACAUUAGAGAAAAUCAUGCUCUAGUAUGACAAAUAUAGUUUGAAAAAAUUGGGAAGUCUGCAAGAGGGCCCCAUCUGACACUGUCUUCCUUUAUCAUGUCCAGUUUUUCUUGAAACCAGAGCUCUGAGACCAAGUGUAAAGAAGGUCUCAGCCUUAGCUAGAACUUCAACUGUGUGUAGAAUCUCAAGGUCUGGCCUUCUAAAGCAAGUUCUAGAAGGUGGGUGUGUUGUUCUAUGGUAUAAUGCAUCCCCCUUUUUAGUAAACUGACUUAUCAGGAGCAAGACAAAAAUGGCAUGUACCUCAGAGCCUGGACAGGCCAUGAACUAUUGAAUCAGGGACUGACUUUGUCCAUGAAACUAUGACUGACCAUAACUUUGGAGAAAUGAAAAAUUCAAGGAAUUGGCCCAGUGGAGAAGAGAGGGCCAAAAGGAAGAAUGAAUAAGACUGAAAAAUCUGCUUUAGUCUGGAAAAGUUGGAGAGGUGAGAUGAUGAAUGAUGGAUGUCACCAAUCUCAGGAAUGCUGUUCCAUACAGGCUGUGAGCUACUACUUUGCAUCUCUACUGAAUAAAAAAAAAAUCUGGCAAAAGUGAGAUGAUGAAACAUCAGUAAGAGGGUGGCUCAAGGGAAGGUUUAGAUCCCCAAGUAGCUGGUUUUCCAAAGGAAAAAACAGUAAAAUGCAUUCAUCCUGA